CGGGAGUCGGAGUCGACAGUGCAGCGUAGUGUACCGGGAAGGCGGAAGGAAGAUGGCGGCGCUGGCUUCGGAGUUGCUCCUGUUGAGCGACUCGACCCGUUUCCGCGCGGAUAACCUGCUGAGCAGCGAGGACUGGGAUGCAGGUCUGUACAGCUGCCUGGAAGACGAUGGGGAUGUGGCAGCUGAGCUCUUCCCCUGCCUCGAACGCAGCAUUGUGGAUGGUGGCUGUGCCCAUUCCCUGCAGUUUAGUGAUGGGUUCGACCUGGACAUGGAAACGGUGCCCCCGGACCCACCUUGGGACCCACUGCACGAUUCUCUCUUCCCAGAGCUGCAGGUGAAGUCGGAGCCCGUCUCCCCCGCCUCGUCGCAUUGCUCUGAUUCCUCUACGCUGUCCUCUUCUUCCUCCUCCUCCUCCGCUGAUCUCUCAGGGCAGGCCCCUGGCCAGGCCGACGUGAUGGGAGUGAAGACAGAGCAACCCCCCACCCCUCCGUGCAUGUUUGGAGAUGUACUACCGCCCCACUUUGGCACUGUGCACAUCAGUGUAGUCCCGGCUGCUGAGACAGGGAAACCAGCAGCUCCCAAUAAAGCCGAGAGCAUUCUCAGCCGGAAGCCCCCCAUUCAGCCAAAGCCAGUUGUGGUCACCACUGUCCCAGUGCAGCCUGCAGCCACGUCCAGUAAGACCAUCUUAUUGCAGCCUGUACCUGUAUCCCAGCCGCAGGCUAUCAACCCAGCGAUUUCAGUUCCAGCACAGAGUGUUGUGAUUUCCCAGUCUGAGCUGCUGCAUCUCCCCGUUUCUGGGCUGAUCAAGGUUCAGUCCCCUUUAAAGGAAAGUCUCCCAGCAAAGCCAGCUCCCUCUGCCCCCAAACCAGAAACCAAAACCAUUGUCCCGGCGCCAACGCAAAUAGGACCCUGCAACCAAGAGGUCGAUAUCAAGGUACUUAAAAGGCAGCAGCGAAUGAUCAAGAACCGUGAAUCGGCGUGCCAGUCACGGCGGAAAAAGAAGGAAUAUCUGCAAGGGUUGGAGUCUCGACUGCGGGAGGCCCUGACAGAUAAUGAGCGGCUGCGGCGGGAGAACACUCUCCUUCGCCGCCGACUGGACUGUGUCCUGAACGAGAACAACGAGCUGAAAUUUGGCUCUGGCAACCGGAAAGUCAUCUGCGUCAUGGUGCUGCUGCUCUUCAUAGCUUUCAACUUUGGGCCUGUCAGCAUCAGUGAGCGCAAGGCGGCAGAUGUGGAGCUGCCAAAGCAGGAGGUGGAGGCUGGCCCUGGCCGGAGGCACCUUUUAGGCAUCGCAGAGGAGACCCAUGACACUCCAGAGGAGGAGCAGGAAGAGCGGAAAGAGGAGGCCCCAGCCAGGCUGAGAAAGGCACAAUUCCGAAACCUGUCGGCUCCCUUCUCUGACAUGAAGGACCUGAUGCUGAGGGACUUGGACAAGUUGUUCCUCGCUUCCGAUUGCCGCCAGUUCAAUCGCACUGAAUCCCUCAGACUGGCAGACGAGCUCAGCGGCUGGGUCCGCCGGCACCAGAUCAACCGCAGGAAACCCUCGCAGUCUCGCAAAGCAGCUCAAGCCAGCCAGGAAAAGCCACAAAAGAAGCCCCCUAGCCCCUCCCGCUACGUGCCUGCCAGCCCCCCCAGGCACCCUGAGAGGAAUUCCCUCAGUCAGCUGCAGGUAUAUCAGCACCCCGACCACACAGAACACGACUUCAUGGACGCGAUUGACCGCCGCGAGGAUACUUUCUACGUGGUGUCCUUCCGCAGGGAUCACUUGCUGCUGCCUGCCAUCAGCCACAACAAAACCUCCCGCCCAAAAAUGUCACUCGUGAUGCCAGCCAUGGCUCUCAACGAGAGCCUGUACAAUUCGUCCCUGGGCUACGAAGUGAUGAUGCAGAUAGACUGUGAGGUCAUGAACACUCGCGUCAUCCACAUCAAGAGCUCCACGGUGCCUCCCUUCCUGAGGCGGCACGACGCUGCCACCCGCGACAACCGCACCCACCCUUCUUCCCCGCCGGCCUUUUCCGGGAGAGCGGCGGCCCGCACAGCCUUGCGGGCCCCAAGGCCCAUCUUGCCCCCAGGCAGGCGGCCCCCGCAGCGCACCCUGUACCUCGGGGAGCACGGGGGAGGGGACUAGCCCAGCCCGGCCCCUGCUGGAAAGGGUAGAAAAGGGAGCCCCCGCCCCCCCGACGACACCGGGGAGAAGAGCACCCUUAACGGAAAGUGGGGGCCCUCCUGCCAGGGGAACGGACCUGCCCCCUCAGUGGAACUCCUGGCUCGUGUCAAGGAACGGGCUAUACCACUUCUGUCAGCUGGUCUCGCGGCUGCCUCCAGGAGGGGUCAGUGGGGAUUGGCUCCUGCGGUUCGGGGUGCUGGGGGUUGGCACCGCGGCCACUACCUCCCCCCAACACCCCCCCCCACCGUGUGGCCCAGUUGAGACAUUCUGUGCGCCUCUGCUGCCCCCUGGUGGCUGAGGCUAAGGAACCUGUGCAUUCGGGGAAAUGUGGGAGAGUGAGGAAGGGUGUCUAUUUUAAACUACUGUCUCCAAUCGUGUGUGUGUGUGGCUGUCUCUCUGUCUGUCUGUCUGUCUAGGAGAGGGGCAAAGGGAAGUUUGCAAAAUGCAGAGAGAGAGUGAGUGUGUGAGUGUGUGUACUCCCCUCCCAGUUACUCUGAUGGCACUUAGACCUGCCCCCUUUGGAUCCUUGUGUGUUUUUUAUUUUAAAAGAAGAUAAAUAAUAGCUGCAAAAUAAACUUAAUAUGUGACCAGAA